UUAAUAAGGAGUCCGGCACGGGCGACAAUUGCCUCGCCCACGCUAUUAAUACCGCAAGUUUUAUUAAUUACACCACCAUAAUGAUUAACAACAACAAUACCAGCAGUUCCAGCAAUAAUAGUAGUAGUAACCAUCAACAUUUGCACUCGCCCACUAAACUAACCGAGUUUGCACGAGAUUUUGAAGAUAAACCCGAAUCUCUAUUCGAUCGUGUUGUCACCAAAAUCCAAAAUGUCUACAAUCAGAGCUACAACACGGUCAAUGAUAUAUCAAGCGGCACCAGCACCAACACCAGCAGCAGCACUGGCCAAGUGGGCAAAUCCAAAUUUUAUUCACCACCCUCUACGGAGUUAGCAGCACCAGCCACCGAUUUGGACAUAAACAGCUCAUCGUCCUCCAGUCUGGCGUCGAGUCGACCACAGCCUCCCACAACACUCAGCUUAAGAUCAUCAAGCGAGACACGAACCAUAAGCAGUGUGGAGGAUACGGAGGCAAAUGAGCAAAUUGAUGAGCAGCAUCCUUUGCCCAGUGAUGCCAAUCAGGGAAGAACUGUGACGAAUGUCUUAAAGCAUAUAAGCAAUAUUGUGGCCUCGAAGAAUAAUAAUGAUUUGCGCAAUUAUAAGGACACGGAAUUGCAAAGAUUUUGGAUGCCGGACUCAAAGGCCAAGGAGUGCUAUGAUUGUGCCCAGAAGUUUUCAACAUUUCGCAGAAAACAUCAUUGCCGCCUUUGUGGACAGAUAUUCUGCUCCAAGUGCUGCAAUCAGGUGGUACCAGGCCGAAUAGUACGUUGUGAGGGAGAUCUGAAAGUGUGCAACUAUUGUUCCAAAAUAGUGUUGACCUUCCUGAAGUCAUCAAGCUCGACCAUUGGCCAAGAUUUGCAAGCUUUGCAACAGCAUCUCAGCAACAAGUUGGAAGUCCAGGAUGGGGCCACUGCGGCUGCUGCUGCCACUACCACGCAUCGACAGCAACAGCAACGCAGAGCCUUAACCCGUAAAACGUCGCUGGGUUAUCAGGAAGAGCGCUUCACCUCCCAGCCUGGCUAUACUUCCACCUUGACCAUGGAUGAUCGCAAAAACAUAUUGCAACAGUCGAAUUCGCUGAUCACACUGCACGAGGAAAUGCGUCGCGAGUUGCCGGCCGCCCAGAAUUGUGGACAGUUGUUGAUUGAGUUCCUCAUAACUAAGAAUAAAUCGGCCAAUAAGGCACAGGCAGUGGCUAUAUUAAAUGCCAUGCUAGCGGCUGGUUUCCUCGAACCCAUUGUACAGGAUCCUGAGCAGACGGAAUUCGAGGCAAGUUUGCAUUAUAAAUUUGCAAAGAGCACUUUGAGUGGAAGCAGAAGUGAUGAUAACUUGCAGCAAUUCGCUGUGUCAAGUGUGGAACCGCCGCAACCUCCCAAAUCGAUGGAUGUUAGUCUCAGUUUUCAGCAGAAUGCCGCCCAGGACAUUGAACUAGAGAACGCCAUGGGCUUCACUACAACCACAUCAAAAUUACUUGAAUCCUAUUGUGAUCACGAGGAUCAACUGUUGGCACAACUGCUGCGGGCAAAUAGUUUAGAUCAGGAAUGGGGUAAAGUCUUGCAGACGCUUUGCUCCACGGCCGCCAAUCAUUUCAAGCCCGAAUACUGCUCAAAUGAUCUCAUGGAUAUACGAAAUUAUGUGAACUUCAAGAAGGUGCCUGGAGGGAAGCGUAAGGACUCCACUAUUGUCCAUGGUGUGGCCUUUUCGAAGAAUGUGGCUCACAAGGAUAUGGCUACCCAUGUACCAUUUCCACGCAUUCUAUUGCUCCAGUGCCCCAUUGUCUAUGAGCGCAUCGAGGGUAAAUUUGUGACCAUUGAGACGGUUCUGUUGCAAGAGAAGGAAUACCUACGCAAUGUCUGUGCCCGCAUCAUGAGCUUUUCGCCCAAUGUGGUGCUCGUGCACAAGAAUGUUGCUGGCAUAGCGCAGGAUCUGUUGCGAUCCUUUGGCGUCACCUUGGUGCUGGAUGUGAAAUUGUCGGUAAUGGAGCGGCUAUCUCGUACCCUACAAUGCGACAUUGUGAGCUCCAUUGAGUCGAACAUAACUAUGCCGAAAUUGGGCUAUUGCAACGAGUUCUACAUACGAAGCUUCAAUAAUAAUGGAACAUCAAAUGGUGCAUCUGGCAAGACUCUGAUGUGCUUCGAGAAGUUAACCAAUCCGCGUGGUUAUACUUGCUUGCUGCGUGGCGCCUCCAAUGCGGAGUUGAUUCGGGUUAAGCGAGUGGCAUCGGCUUUACUUUUUGCCCGCUAUAAUUGGCGAUUAGAAAUGUCCUUUUUGCUCGAUGAAUUCGCUCAGCCUCUGGGGCCGAAACCUUCCAUAUUUGACUCCAAGGAGUCCAGUCCAAAAUCAGAGAUCGAAACCGGAGAAAAAGAUGUAGAUCAUCGUGCUAAACGCCCAGCUGUCGGUGAACGUAAAUCUGAGGAUAAGAUUAUGACGGUCAUAAGCGAGAAUGUGGCCGACUUUACAGAUCCAUUGCGUUCCAGCUCACCUGCAAGUGCUGAGAUGCUGGAUGAAGAUCCAGAGGGUCAGCUUGUUGAGGCCUUGGCAGUGGAGACCCGCUAUGAUAAUCGUUUUCGUAAUGCUCUCAGUUCUACUUUGCUUUCGGUUAGUCCAUUCUUGACCUUCCCCUUGCCCUACCUGGAGACGGAACCUGGAAGGAAUUGCAAAUUAAGAAAACUAUUUCCCACCGAACUCUACUUCUCAAAGCAAUGGUCUAAGCGCCAUGAGAGCGGCAUUAGUGGGUCCAAUGGUGACAAGGAGAACAGCGAGCAACAGCAGCUGCAGUUGCAACAAAUACAACCGCUGCUGCCAGCCCACGACUUUCUACGAUUAAAAAUAACCUCACCGGCCAGCAAUCGCGAUAUACAGUCCAAGCUGGCAGAAUUUCGAUCCUUUGGCGGUCGUUUUCCAAAGGGCAAGGCGCCAAUGCUGAGACCCAAAAGAAGAGACAGAGGCAAUUCGGACAUGAUCAUACAGAGACCCCAGAAAGUCAGCGAGGAGCAGUUGUAUAAGGAUGCACUCGAUCCGCAGAAUCAUCAGCGUUUGCCUGUCUUAUUCUGUAGCUUUCAUUACAAUCCCAAGGGCGUGUCGUCGUUCUGCAAGUUGCCCAUGCUGUUGGACAUGAAGUUCUAUGGUCAACACGAUAUAAUGUUGGAGGAGUUCCUGCAACGCUAUUGUUGUCGCUUCAAUUCAAUGUGCCCCAGUUGCAAUUUACCCAUGCUGGGACAUGUGCGUCGCUAUGUCCACUCUCUGGGCUGUGUCCAUGUCUAUCUCACUGAAGAUCAAACACGUUCGGAUCCCAAGCGUAUUUAUUUUACAUCCUGGUGCAGCAUUUGUAAUGCAACCACACCAUCGGUUCCCCUCUCGGAUUCAUCCAAGUGCUUGUCGCUGGCCAAGUAUUUGGAGAUGCGUUUCCAUGGACAUGCCUACAAACGGCGACCAACGAUUGAUACAACUCCCGAAAUGCAGAAUCCCGCCAGUUGUGAGCAUUCCCUGCAUCGCGACUAUAUCCAUCAUUUCAGCUUUCGCGGGGUAGGCGCCAAAUUCCAAUACAAACCAGUUGAGGUAUGGGAGACCGGAUUGCCCUCGCUGAUUCUGCAGCUGGAUCAACCUAGGCCCGCCAGUCAAAUCGCCAGUCAAGUUCAGGAGGAGAUUAAACUGUUUUCAGUGCGCGGCCAUGAGGUGUACACGAAAAUUCACGAACGUAUAGCCGAUUUGGCUAUAGAAGAUGAGAAUUCGCUGCUAAUGCAGAACCUCAAGGCUCAAUUGGCCAAGGAUCAGUUCGCUUUCAAGCAAAAAAUCGAAAUAGUGCAUACACUUCUGACGGAGCCAAAGGCCAAUGUCUAUGAUAUCAACGACGCCCUCAUUUCAUCCCGUCGAGCUUUAGCCGAUAGUAUUGAUCUAUGGGGACCUAGACUCCAGGAGAGCCAGAAAUUGUCUAUGAACAAGCAGCAGCAGUCGAAACAUUCCCACGUUGAUGCAGGGACUAUUUGUACGGAGGAGCUAAGACCCGAUGUGCAGUCGUGUGAUUUGGGGGAUGUCGUCCCACCACCAGUAGCUUCAGUAGAGUGUCCUAGUGAGGACACAGAAGUCCCAGUGUUAGAGAAAAACUCCACCCUUACCCAAUCGAAUUCCGAUAAAAAGUCUAUUAAACAAAUCCUUACGCAGCUUUUGCCUUCCACCAACCAAGUGAAUCCCCUACAAUCGCCAUUUUCAGCUCAAGAGCAUUUGACCCUGCCCCUGGGUGCUAUACCCAUACAUGUGCGCGAAAAUGAUCUUAGUUCGGUGAUUGCUUAUUGCCUAACCUCUACGGAUUAUCAACGAGCAGUCGAAGAGUCAUUCAAUGCGGGCAGCGGUAGCGCUGAGGCUUCGUCCAGUCCACAGCUAAAGCGCAAAAUGGCCAUGUCAACAGCAGAGAGCGAUUUGGAGGAUAAUGCUACGCUGUGUUCCCCCGCUGCUGAGUCGUCCUCGGAGGAUAAGAACAAAGCAGGCUGCAAACCUCUAUCCCCCAGUCCGCAUAUUUCCCUAACGUUCAACGAUCAGGGCAGUCAGUUUCAGUGUAAAAUCUAUUUUGCCCGCGAAUUUGACGCGAUGCGAGCCAAAAGCCUAAAACCGCCAAAGCUGGACAAGUCUCUGUAUCGCAAGUUGGAGAAGAGCAAAAUGCGCGAGGAGUUGAGAAUCUCACAAAGUCGUACGGGCUCCGAAAUGGAGUUGGUACGCAAACCCAGCGAUCUUGUUGGCCCAUCUCCAAUGCUCCAACGCGGCCAGGAUGACCAACAUAUUGACUUCGAAGAGGAAUCCCGAAUUGCUCUGGCGCGUAGCCUUUGUAACAGCGUUCACUGGGAGGCACGUGGCGGCAAAUCCGGUUCCCGAUUCUGCAAGACAUUGGAUGAUCGUUUUGUUUUGAAAGAGAUGAAUACCAAGGAAAUGACAUUGUUUGAACAAUUCGCUCCGAAAUAUUUCGAAUAUUUGGCCAAGUCGCAGCAUUUGCAAUUACCAACGUUGUUGGCUAAAAUAUUUGGAGUCUUCAAAGUCAGCAUUAAGAAAAAGGACUUCUUCGUGGAGAAAUCUCUGUUGGUUAUGGAAAAUCUUUUCUAUGGCUGUGAUAUUUCCAACAAGUAUGAUUUGAAGGGCUCCGAACGUAAUCGCUUGGUGGACACGACUCAUCAGAAUGGUGAAAUCGUUUUGCUCGAUGAGAAUCUAGUCCAAAUGUCCUGGUCAAAUCCUUUGUAUGUGCUUUCACACAGCAAAUCUGUACUGAAAGAUGCUAUUCAAAGGGACACAUCGUUCCUCGAGCGAAAUGGAGUCAUGGACUAUUCACUAUUGGUUGGCUUGGAUAAAGAGAACAGCGUCUUGGUUCUUGGAAUCAUAGAUUAUAUACGCACCUUCACCCUGGAUAAGAGAGUAGAAUCGAUGUUCAAGCAAUCGGUCAUAAUGGGCGGUGGCAAGGGUAAAGAUCCGACCAUUAUAUCGCCGGAACGUUAUAAACAACGUUUCAUUGAUGCCAUGGAUAGAUAUUUUUACACUGUGCCCGAUCGUUGGGAGGGUCUCUCAAAAGUCUAAUGCAAAUUACAACCUCAUAAACAAGCCGAUAUUUCCGCCUCCUGGUCGAAUUGAAUUAGCCUUGACCUGCAACCGCUUGCGGCGCACCCCCGGAAGCCGGUGCCGGCGACGUCGCUGCCGCUGUCGCUGCUGGUCAUGACAAUUGAAGGGAAAAAGCAAAUUGUGUAAAGUUGCGUGUUAGGCCAAAUAGAAAAACGGAAAUUAUUAUCAUGAAGGCAACCGCGUUGCGUUGCGUCCGUCGUGUUGCGAAAGUGAAAUGAAAUUGUUAAGACGCAAGCAAAUCAACUAAAUGUGUGCACCUCAACAUGAAUUCAUUAUCGAGAUGUCAGAGGAACUAGGUUAAAAUACAUUCAAUACACAAUUGUGACAGCUGCUCCUUAAGAGAGUGAGUUCCACUGCAGCUGCCAGUUGCCAGAGACAUAGAGUAGCAAAGUGCUAGAUUGCAUGUGGUGUGUGCUCCCAAAAAGCCCCAAGACCUAACCCAAAAAGCAAAAACGAAAGGAAAAGCAAAUUAAACUCCGUGCCAGUUGGUGUAAAAGCAAAAGUGACACCUCAAAUCACUUUAUGCUUUACGCGAGGCGUGUGGAGAGGAGGUGGAGGAGGAGUAUGUACAGCCGAACAUCUGGUUCGGCUACCCGACGUCGGCUUGGCAUGCCUUGCACACAUUUCAGUUGGGAUUUACGAUCUAAGCGGUCAAGUUGUGCGGUGAUUCGCGGCAAGAACUAAGCUUUAAUGGCUUCUGGUGGCAAACCGAGGUUGACGGUCGUCUGCCUGCCUGCCACUGGCAGCAAGGCCAAUUUCGUCAGAUGUUUUUGCUAUUAUUGUUGUAUUCCAUUCGGCUGUAAAGUUAUUAAUGUUUAAUUAAAGUGCACACACACGUACACACUUCCAUACCCCAACACACACACACACACACACACCCAGGACAUACCCGACCUUUAUCCUCCAAGCAACAAUUAAAGAAGAAGAAAAAUGGCUAUUGCCUUUGAUUGGAAAAGUAACGAUGGGUAAGAAAAAAAAAAGAGGCGGAGCAAAGAAACUUAUUAUUCUUUUGAAAUGGCUCCUACGUCGUAUAAAGCGUUUGUUGUAUUAUAAUUAUCUCUAUAAGUAAUUGUUUCUUUGAUUCAUAGUGUAGUAAAUUUUGCACUGGCUAAUAAAUUCAUAUAGAAAAUGUAAGAAAUUAACAAAAUUAAAA